CAAAAGCAGGUUCCCUCCAAGCUGGGGGUGCGUCCUGGGGAGCCGUGGUGUUGUGGACACUUGCUGGGGUCCAGCAGAGGGCCUUGCUCCCCAGUGCACACCAGUGACCUCAGUGGUCUACUUCUGGGGGGAGGGGGAGCCGAGAGCCGGAACCGGUGACCGCCUUCACCGCUGCUCCUGGCUUUGUGGCCUGUUCUCGGAGCUGGGCGUGGCCGAGGACCCCCUGAGCAUCCCACACGCACGUACCAACAUGUGCCAACGCACACGCACGUGAAUGUGAAGGCAGCACUGGGAGUACAUAGCAGUGUAGCCAGAGGCGUGCGGCAGGAAGGGUGUUGGGUGGAACCCAGGGUGCACACCAGCCAAGCCUCUGACCUGUCCAGGCACCCUGGCCAACUGACCACAAGGACAGAGAGGGUUUCUGCCCAGCCGCUGGUGGAGCAGUCUGUUUCAUUAAGGAGCUCCUGGAGCCGGGGGUGGCCCACCACCAGUGUUCAGCCUGUCCCGGAGAGGCCCCCGGACAGAGCCAUGGCAGGUGUCUGUGGCAGGGCUCCCGACUUCCUCUCCCCAUCUGAAGACCAAGCCCUGGAACAUGCUCUGGGCAGUGUAGUUGCUCUGAACUGCACAGCUUGGGUUGUCUCUGGACCCCACUGUCCCCAGCCUUCAGUUCACUGGCUGAAAGAUGGGCUUCCUUUACCCAAUGGAAGUCACUACAGCCUCCAAGAGGACUUCUGGGUCAAGGCCAACUUCUCAGAGGUGCUUGUAUCCAGUGUCCUGGGGGUCAACCUGACCAGCGCUGAAGCCUACGGGGCCUUUGCCUGCUCUGUCCACAACACCAGCUCCUUCUCCUUCACUCUGUGGAAAGCUGGCCCGGCCGGCCAUGUGGCCGCAGUUGUGGCUUCCCUCCUCGUCCUGCUGGCUCUGCUGCUGCUGGCCCUGCUCUACCUGAAGUGUCGCCUCAACGUGCUGCUUUGGUACCAAGACUGUCACGGGGAGGUGGAGAUGAAUGAUGGGAAGCUCUACGACGCCUACGUGUCCUACAGCGACUGCCCGGAGGACCGCAAGUUCGUCCACUUCAUUCUGAAGCCGCAGCUGGAGAGGCGGCGGGGCUACAAGCUCUUCCUGGACGACCGCGACCUCCUGCCCCGCGCGGAGCCCUCGGCCGACCUCCUGGUAAACCUGAGCCGCUGCCGACGCCUCAUCGUCGUGCUUUCCGACGCCUUCCUGGGCCAAGCCUGGUGCAGCCACAGCUUCCGGUACUGGGGCCCCCCAUACCCUGGGCCGGGCCUCCCGCUGACGCAGCCCCGCCCGCAGACGCCGUCCUCGGACUUUUGGAAAGAGCUGCAGCUGGCGCUGCCGCGGGCCGUGCAGUACCGGCCGGCGGCGGGGGCCGGGGACCCGCAGACCCAGCGGCAGGACGACAAGGACCCCAUGCUGACCACGCCGGGCCGCGCAGCUCCCGAGCCGGACGCGGACGCGGACCCCGAGGGAGACUUGGGCGUGCGCGGACCUAUUUUUGGGGAGCCACCAGCCUCACGACAUGCAAGUGGGGUGUUUCUGGGAGGCCAAAGCAGUGAGGUGGACAUCUCUGACCUUGGCUCCCGGAACUACAGCGCCCGCACGGACUUCUACUGCCUGGUGUCGGAGGCAGACGUGUAGCUCUGGCCUAGCCUGGCACGCAGGCCGGAGGGGGGGGGCAG